AUGCGUAGGGCUUACAGGGAACAAUUGGAUUUGAUUGAGAAUGCUAUUCAAACUGAAAGAAUAGCCCUGAGGGAGACUCAGGCAAAGGAAUGGGACUCCUUGUACAAAGAGAGGAAUAAGGACGAAUUGAAUUGUCUGGACGAAAAGUUUGAUCAGAUCCAUCAAUUUGAGAAAGACAUGAAACAAGUUAUUCUCGACCACCAAGAACAAUACAGAGCUACAAAGAUACAACUGGAAAAUGACAUCAAAUUGCUGCAAGAAGAAUUUGAAAUGACAAAAGUUACUUGCUUAAUGAAUUCUGAAAAACUGGAUUAUAAUUAUCAGGUGUUGAAAAAACGUGAAGACGAGAACAAAAUUGUGAGAUCUCAACAGAAACGAAGACUCAAUAAACUUCAAGAUGUCAUCAACGCCAUAAAGGCUAAAUAUCAAGCAGCCAAAAAAGUAUCCGAGCAAGAAAUUAAAAAAAUUACAGAUGAAGUGAUUCAUUUGCAUGAUAAUAUUGUUGAUAUUGAAACAAAAGCUGAUAUAUUUCUGAGAAAUAAUGAGAAGACUUACCAACAGUUGUGGUCCAUGAAUCGUGCCCAAACAAUAGAACUUCUAGACCAGAUCCUCCAAAUUGACAAGACUUUAUACGAGCAGCAAUUAGGUCUCGAGUGGAGCCCACCUGAGAAGAGUGUUUUGUACAAAAAGGACCUGCCUUCAUAUGUGGAUGCGCUUAAAAAAGUCUCAAAACAUGAUGAAAGUAAACACGGAGCUGAGGGUGCUAGUAAAAAGGAUUCUACGAAUAGUAUCAACCAAUCAGGUAGACAAAAUGCCAAAAUAGAAUUUUAUACAAACGCUGAUGAAGCUAUGUUGCAAUUGCUUUUGGAAAGUGAAGAAGCCUUAGAGACAUUUCAGCGAGAAGAACCUGAUGAAAUGAACUUUACAUGUAAAAACUGCAACGAGACUUUUGAUACUUCUACUGAAUUAACAACACAUUUAGAGACGCAUGCGGACGAAUCAUAUGAGUGUGAUUACUGCGGCCGGGAACUUGAAAAUAUGAAAGAUUUAAGAACACAUCUCAUCAUGAUGCAUGACAACCUCCCAUGCUCGAUAUGUAUCAAAGACUCUGCAGCCGAGCAGGUGCAAAUGGUGAGACUUCUGAGGCACAUACUACAAAAAAUUGCAGAUAAUACAGGAUUUUUAAUUGAGAAAAGAUUAGUAGACAUUUUGAAACCAUAUGCUAAACAGGAUACCACACUCAUUGCUUUGGACAAUGUUUUUAAUGCUUUGAGUAUAAACAGCGAAGAAGACAUUUUAUCACUUCGAGAGUUUUUUAUGCCAUAUGUCCAUUGUCCAAUUUGUUCACAAAUCGUGGAACAAAAAGCCACUGAGGAGCAGGAAAAGGAAAAAGAGGUGCAAACUCAAGAUUUAACUAAUGUACCAAAACAAUCACAAUUAGAAGAGUCAGUGCCUGAUGAGAGUGUAGACCUAAAACGUACACCAACUUUAAGUCAUGAUUACUUGAGUUUGGAAUUGGAAAGCACCAGCAGUGAAUCAACAGAAGAUGAUCAAAAUUAUCAACAUGAGGUUUGUGAAAUAGUAGAAAAAGUUGGGACAUUCACUGGAGAAGUCCAGAAAGCCCAUGCUACUAUUUUAACACCUGCAGUAUCUGUUUGCGACUCCUCUAAAUAUUCUGAAGACUCUGAUGGUAUCAGCAAAAUGCACAUGUACAGAUGCACAAAUCCUGCACACCCUCUCGAGGUUGAAUCCAUUUAUGCUGUGAGAGCUUUAAGAGAUUUUGCUACUAAGUAUUUUAAUAGCAAAGUUGGAGAUAUUGUUACAAUGAGUGAGAGGUUGGCUAGAGAUAGAGUCACCAUGUCGAGGUUGAUGUCAGAGGAAGAUGUUACUAUGUACUGGAAACGUUUUCGUGAGGUCUUUGGACCUCAGAAGGAAAAGUUGUGGGAUUCUUUGCUUAUUGGGUUGAAGAAAUAUCAUGCUAUAUUAAAAGAUCGUUCAAUUUUGGACUCUGAAGUAUCACAAUUGAAGAAACAAAAUGCUGAGCUUAAGCGAUUAUUAGGACAUUAUCUUCCUACGAAACAGAAAAGUAUUUUUCCACCAAUUAUGAAGUCGUAA